CUCUGUCAUGAUGGGACAUCCCGCUUCAUCUCUCUGUCCAUCAUGAUUCUAAAAUUUUCCUCUCCUUCUGCGACCUGAUUUCCCCGUCCCUCCGACCUUCUUUGAUGGUCCUUCACCUUCUGGUCGGGUCGAUACGACUUUUGACUGGUCCAUUUUUCUUACCAUCCUUUACUACCCCAGACCCUGACAUCCUUCCAAUCUCUCCCUCUCAUUUUUAUGGUUCUGUGCCUCUCCGCCGGCCGUUGGAUGUUCUCCGCCUCAAAAACUCCCUGCGUCCGCUGUCGCCUUGGAUCUUAGGCACCUUUUUUCUUUUCUUUUCUUUUCUUUUCUUUUUUAUUUCCCUGCUCAGGCCAAUAGUAAUAAUUAAUCAAUUCAGGACCACGGCAACCACUAGAGCCAAGAAGGAGAAUAGAGCUAAAGCGUGAGAAAAUCAAAAGAACCACUCCCCUUGACUACUAUCAACUAGUGGUGCCAUGUUCAACCUUUCCGCUACACUAUUACUCCUGUGAUUCAGACUCCGCCUUUUUUGAUAGUCGAUUUCCUUUUUAUUCUACUUCUGCGUUCUGAUUUUUAAUUUGUCUCC